UAAAGAAAAAGAGUUGAGAGAAGAGGAAGGGGAAAAGAGAGGAGAAGAGGGAGAAAUAUAUCGGCCGCCCGACCUCUUUCUCCUUCUUAUUCUUCGUAGCGACGAUUUUCUGGUUUCAUCCACUCCUCUUUCUUUUCUUUUUUUUUCCUUUUUCUUUAUAUUUUUUCAUCUUCUUUCUUUCUUUCUCUCUCAAUAUAUAAAUUUUCUUCCCCUAAAUUUUCUGUCAUCCAUUUCUGAUCCGAACCCAUCUUCUUCGAUUACUGUUUGUCCCUUUCGUCCAUUAAUUUUUUUUUUCUCAAUUUCAUCUUUCAAGACAGAUUUUCAUUUAAUAUUUAUUUUCCGGUCAAUGUAGCUUGGUUUCCUUCAAACUAGGGUUUCAAUUCACCAUCUGAGGUUGAGUAUCUAAUGGGGUCCUAUUCUUAAAACAUGUAGUUGAAUAGGAUGCUCUUCUUUGAGUAGUUUUGAUUUUGAUAACGUUCUUUCAGUAUCAUCAUCGUCUAUAGAAAUCUAGGGGAGUUUCUUGUUCUUCAAUUUGAUUGCUGAGCGAGGGUCUCCCUGGAGCUUUAUCUCUAAUCUGCUGAAGUCGUUAGCAGUGGAAUUAGCUGCCGGGGAAAGGAUCAUGCUCGUGUAGGCGACGAUUUGAGGUGAAUCUGGGUUGGUGUUGUCGCAUUUAGUUUCUGGGUGGACUUUGAUUAAAGAAUUGGAUCAUGGACCAUGUGAUUGGGGGGAAGUUCAAGCUCGGGAGGAAGAUUGGGAGUGGGUCUUUUGGAGAGCUCUAUUUAGCUGUUAAUGUGCAAACUGGGGAGGAGGUUGCAGUCAAACUAGAACCUGUGAAAACCAAGCAUCCUCAGCUUCAUUAUGAGUCCAAAUUGUAUAUGCUUCUUCAAGGAGGAACGGGAAUACCCCACCUGAAGUGGUUUGGAGUUGAGAGUGAUUACAACAUUAUGGUGAUCGAUCUUCUUGGGCCAAGUUUGGAAGAUUUAUUUAACUACUGUAAUAGAAAGUUUACAUUGAAAACUGUCUUGAUGCUUGCAGAUCAAUUAAUUAACAGGGUUGAGUACAUGCACUCAAGAGGUUUUCUCCAUCGUGACAUAAAACCCGACAACUUCUUAAUGGGACUUGGGCGGAAAGCCAAUCAGGUAUAUGUCAUUGACUAUGGCCUCGCAAAGAAGUAUAGAGAUCUGCAGACUCAUAAGCAUAUACCAUACAGGGAGAACAAGAACCUUACUGGCACAGCUCGCUAUGCUAGUGUUAGCACUCACCUAGGAAUUGAGCAAAGUAGAAGGGAUGACCUAGAGUCUCUUGGUUAUGUGCUUAUGUAUUUCCUAAGAGGAAGCCUUCCCUGGCAGGGGCUUAAGGCAGGCACGAAGAAGCAAAAGUAUGACAAAAUCAGUGAAAAGAAAAUGUCGACUCCUAUUGAGGUGCUUUGCAAAUCACAUCCACCUGAGUUUGUAUCUUAUUUCCAUUACUGUCGAUCACUGAGAUUUGAGGACAAGCCAGAUUAUUCAUAUUUAAAGCGACUUUUUCGCGAUUUAUUCAUACGAGAAGGCUAUCAAUUUGAUUAUGUGUUUGACUGGACUAUACUGAAGCACCACCCUCAAAGUGGUGGCAGCAGUUCCAGAGGACGACAGUCAAGUGGAAAAGCUGCACUUACUGCAGGACCAUCUGCAGAAAGGCCAGAGAGAACCUCAGUUGGGAAAGAGAUCCGAGAAAGAUUGUCAGGUGCAGUUGAAGUAUUUUCCAGGAGGAAUGUCUCUGGUUCCAGUCCACAUGUUGAUCAUCCUAAACAAAAGGCUCACGAGGAUGUGCUUCCUGAUCCUGACCGAGCACGUGGUUCUUCUCGAUAUGGAAGCUCCUCAAGAAGAGCUAUAAUUACAAACAGCAAGCCUGGUUCUUCUGGUGAUCACAGUGGUGAGGGUCGUCGACUUGUUUCCAGCACUGGGCGCCCCUCUACCACACAGAGACUUCAUUCUUCUCACGAGACAAAACCAACCUCAUUUAUUCGACAAUCAACAAAAAGCGGUCGUGACGAUCCUCUCCGGAGCUUUGAACUUCUGUCAAUCAGGAAGUAACAAGUAACAAGAAGAUUUUCAUCAAGAGGCAAUUUGCAUUUUGCAUCAGAGGGAUAAAUCCCUUGCACUUGCAAUUAUUUGCAUCAUUUAGUUCUCUCUUGUACAUUGGACAUCGCCCAACUCAACCACGAAAUGAACAUUACAGGUCAGUCGACACAUCUUAUAAGACACAAAAUCCCUCCGAAGAGUUUGCUGCCGUUGUAUCGUGUUUUUAGAUCCGACCCCAGAUGCAGAGAUUCAAGCUGAACAUUUCUACUUGUGAUUCAAGCAGAUGUAAUAAUAACUGUAUUUUCCUUUCACGUACUUCUUUUCCAGACCCAUCUCUAUCUCUCAGUUGUUUCUAUAGUUUUCUAGUGUGCUUAUAAAUAUUAUUCACGAACAAAAAUCUUUGUGCACCCACUUGGCUGGAAUACGAGAUUCAAUACCUCAAAAAAUCUGUUCCUUAAA